AGAUCGUCUGUAAGGAAGUGAAUGUUAAACACGUUAUUAAGGAUCGUCAUCUCGUCACCUUAACGUUUUAGUGUGCGCUAAUGUUACUCAUAAACAACUCAGACAAGGGCUAUUACAUUGCUGUUUCAAUAUUUACAAUCUGUAGUCUUUUAUUGGAGACAAAACUAGAAAUUAUAAUUAGCCGAAUUAGAAUAUUUUUUGUAGGUGUAAUUCUCCUGCUUCCAUCUGUUUGAAUGGAGCCCGUAUAUUGUGAGGUGUGUUAAUCUUUGUGCUAACAUUAAAAACUCCCAGUUAAUAAGGGCCGGCCACGAUAGUUCAGUAUCGGUUCUAUAAUCCUCUAAGUGAAACCUUCUCCUAUAUGAAAAACCCAGAAAUUGCAGGCCAAUACCUCCGAGGUUUUCGUACCACAAAGGAAAGGAACCUGUGCUGUAAGUUUCAUCUAAACAUAGAGAAUAAUUUUCGAAACAUUUUAUUAAAUUUUGUCUGCUUUUCACCAAUAAUUUGGAUAACGAUAUCGUACGACUUUAGUCAAAUUGGAAUUAUACGUUUGAUUCACAAAAAAGUUAUAAAAUUCCUAGCCGCUGUUAAACGUUUGACAUCCCUGAACAAACCCGUUUGUUGAUUUCAGUUCAGCUGUCAUCUGUGCUGUCACUUUGAAAAUGGUAAACAAGUUCGGCUGUAGGUAACGUAAACUAUGUUCUCGGAAAUAUCACAGCAGCCCUUUUUUCCGGCAAUUGAAUAGAAAGACAGCACGGCACAGCAAAUGCUUUCUUCGACAUUUCGAAAUCAGCUUUCAACGCGUGUAGUGCGGAAGCUGUACACGAACAAUAGUAGCGUUUUGAUUGGCCGGUGAGUUGUAGGGAAGAAAAUAUUGCGAAGAGAUUAAGUGAGUGUAGAAUGCUGCGCAUUGUAUCGACACAGGAAACAUUAAACAAUUGGUUUGGAAAAGCGAAUCGUGCCCUGUUUUAACUGCAAAGCAAAGCAUUUAUAAAAAUGAACAGCCCUGAGGUGCGGGAAAACCGCCGUGAAACGGAACUGCAGCAGUAUGUGGAGGAAAUAUGCUACGCCAGCAGCGAGUAUGGCCCCAUGACAAGUAUCUCAUACAAUUCGAUAAACGUAAUCGGACGACCGAACAAUUUUCCGGAACAUGGCGAUCAUUCGGAUACGUAUUUGUUGACCACUUACGGCAACUGGCGGAUGCGUUCACCAUCGUACACUCCCGAGUUUGGAGUCAGCAAAAUUCCUGCCAUCGAAAACCCACCGAUUGACGACUUCAUUGUGGUGCGUUUCGAACGGUCGGUACAUCCGUUGGGAGUGGAAGUGUACGAAACACUGAACCCUGGCGCUGUCAAUCGCAUCUGGGCGUACACGGAAACGAAACAAUGGGUUCUUCUGUGGGAUAGACGAACAGACCCGAUAUGCGAAGAUGUGCGUAACGUUGGUUUGACCAAAUCGAACGUUUUCGUGCCGGCUAUACGCAUUCUCAGCCAGCGUACGCGCGUCCUUUGCUUGGAGUUUAAUACACGCCACUUGAACUACAUAUACGGUAUCGAUGCUAUCAUGCUGAAGAGUGCAUUAAAUGCGCCGGAUUCGGCCGAACCGGCGUACAGCAACGACGUAUGCAUAGUUGAUGCGUUUAUGCUGCCAUGUUUGGUGAAUGACGCAGGCAAAUUGCAAGCGGAUAACGCGCUCGCGGUCUCCCAUUGGCAGCCGGAUCGACAGCUACAACCUGUAGCGGCGAAACAGCAGCAGCCGAAAACGAUCACCGACCUGCCGUACGAAAUGAUGUAUCAUAUUUUCUCCUAUCUCGACUUAAAGUCGCUGCGCGUUAUGGAGGAGGUUUCCAGCAAAUUCCAUCAUGUGGUGCGUGACAAGCGGUUGUACCGGGAGGUAAACAUGCGACCGUACUGGAUGGAAAUAAAUUUCUAUUUGCUGCAAUGGCUGUACCGACGCUGCAAUCAGAUACGCAAGCUCGAUCUGUCCUGGUGUGGAUUGUUCAACAAGCUUACCGAAGAGCAACUGAAAUGCUUCCUCAUGCGUCAUGGUGAGUCAUUGACGCAUCUACGAUUGAACACGGUCGGAAUUCGUCAAACGAUUUGCUUUGUGCUGUCGUUGUGCCCCAACGUGGAAGAACUCUGUCUGCAGAAUAUGCACAUCGGUGAUCGUUUGCUUUUAACCGAUCGAUUGACGAAACUGACCAAACUGGACCUGGCGGGCGGUUCGAUCUCUUCCAGCACGCUGAAUAACAUACUGCGGCUCAAUCACAACCUGCAGCAUCUGAACCUGUCCUGCUGCGAGUUCGAGCGGUUUCCAAUCGCGAAAACGAUCGGUAGAUACAAUCACGAACUCAUCAGCCUCAACUUGUUUAAGGCGCGCGCACUGGACGCGGACGAUCUGGUACCGCUGGCGAACUGUACCAAACUGGAAGAGCUUAACCUGGGCUAUUCGAACGUCGAGGAGAUGGAGGAGGGUGCGCUUAGUCAGCUGCUGGAAGCGUGCCCCAAUAUGCGUAAGCUGGUAUUGUCUGGCUUUUGGGAUGUGUACAACAACGAUAUGCUUACGAUUGCCCAGCAUUGUCGCCGGAUGGAGUAUCUCGAUCUGAUGGGGUGCAUCACGGUAACGGGUGAGUCGGUAAACGCUAUCUUCAUCGGAUGUCCAGCUCUCCGUUUUCUGGAAAUUAAUCACUGCAGCGAGAUAUCGUCCGCAUGGAUCACCCAGUGGAAAACUCGCUACCCACACGUUGAUAUUAAGCAUCAGGCAUUUUAAGUAAAUGCCAGAAUACACUCUGUAGCGAGUGUACCCGAAAAUAGAACAAAACCUCCCAUAUAGAUAGCAAAACAUUUCAAUGGAUUUACAUUUAAAAAUGUCAUUGAUCCAUUGUCAUUUAAUUGAUCUUUUAUUCUCCUUGCUUAACUUACAACAUCAUAAUUGAAUUUUUUUUUAAAUGGGAGAAAAUUUAAUUUUUGUGAACUCUUGAACAUGAACUGAAUGAUGCGCGUUGAACAUGUAUCUGAUAAUAAUAAUCACUGAACUGAACUUGAUUUAUUUUUGACCAUCCUUCUAAUUGAUACAAGCGGCAAUGAACUCCUUUUACAGCUGUGUGCGAUGAUAAAUACAUUGGAAGAGAUCGUUAAUCGUUACGAUCGUUGCGAUAUGUUAAAAUAAAAGACGAUACCACACGAUGUGCCUAAAUGUGGAGUAAACUUCACAGAUUAGAAUGAACCAAACAAUGUUUUUUAAUGAAUAAAUCAGAUUUAUUCCACAAAAAACGUGAAGCGAUGCCAAGAUUACGAUUCGAUCUGUGCUAUAAGUCGGAUUAAUAAAACGUGAUAUAAAAAACAUAAUAUAACACCGCCUUUUUCUGUUGGUUUGCAGCUUGUUUU